UAAAAAUGAUAAGGUGAGUCACACACCACGAUGCAUAAAACUCAGGUCCUGAUUUGGAAGAUGAGGAGGCCAGUAUCCAGGCUCUUUCAACUGCCUCUUAAUUACCUAGCAGCCCUUUCCAGGGUCACCCUACAUCACACUUGCUCCCCACUGUGAUCUUCCUGCACUGGCCAUGCCUGGGUGGAGUUGCCUGGUGACAGGAGCAGGAGGGUUUCUGGGACAGAGGAUCGUCAGCUUGUUGGUGCAGGAGAAGGACCUGCAGGAGGUCAGAGCCCUGGACAGAGUCUUCAGACCAGAAACCAGGGAGGAAUUCUCCAAGCUGCAGACAAAGACCAAGAUGACAAUGCUGGAAGGAGACAUUCUGGAUACUCAGUGUCUGAAGAUAGCCUGCCGGGGUGUGUCUGUUGUCAUCCAUGCUGCCGCCAUCAUUGAUAUCUCAGGUGUCAUUCCAAGACAGACCAUUAUAGAUAUCAAUCUGAAAGGUACCCAGAACUUGUUGGAGGCCUGUGUCCAAGCUAGCAUCCCAAUCUUCAUCUAUACCAGCUCAAUUGAUGUUGCAGGGCCCAACUCAUACAAGGAGAUCGUUCAAAAUGGCCAUGAAGGAGAGCAUCAUGAAAGCACAUGGUCUGAUCCAUACCCAUACAGCAAAAAGCUGGCUGAGAAGGCGGUGCUGGCAGCCAAUGGGGACAUCCUUAAUAAUGGUGGCACUUUGCAUACAUGUGCCUUAAGACCCAUGUACAUCUAUGGGGAGAGAAACCCAUUCAUGUCUGAUGUGGUGAUUAGAGCCCUUAAGAAUAAGGAUAUCCUGCCUGUUACUGGUAAAUUCUCUGUAGUCAACCCAGUGUAUGUGGGCAAUGUGGCCUGGGCACACAUUCUGGCCUCCAGGGGCCUUCGGGACCCCCAAAAGGCACCAAGCAUCCAAGGAAAGUUCUACUACAUCUCAGAUGUCACACCUCACCAAAGCUAUGAUGAAUUAAAUUACACCAUGGGCAGGGAAUGGGGCCUCUGCCUUGAUUCCAGGCUGAGCCUUCCUCUGCCCCUACUGUACUGGCUGGCCUUCCUGCUGGAAACAGUGAGUUUCUUGCUUCGUCCAGUUUACAACUAUAAGCCUCCCUUUAACCGCCAUUCAAUCACACUGGCAAAUAGCGUGUUCACUUUCUCCUACAAGAAAGCUCAGCAAGAUCUGGGCUAUGAGCCCCGCUUCAGCUGGGAGGAAGCCAAGCGGGAGACUGCAAGGUGGAUCGGGUCACUAGUGAAACAGCACAAGGGGAAGCUCAACACAAAGACUCAGUGAUGGGAAGAUGGCAGAGACAUGACCCUGGAUGUUGUCAGGAGAUGAUUGUCAGGUCCCCCAGAAAGGGACAGAGGCUAAACCACAUGUCCUACUGCCUUCUUGUGACACGGUGGACAUGUACUGUCUUCCUCAGGUUGCCAGAGGCCUUUCUAGUCACAGGCCCAGCCACAAGCUUUCUGCCCUCAGCAGCUGUCCAAGGAUAAGCAUGCUGCUGUACUUGAGCAGUUCCAGUAUCUUGUAACUUAGAGCUUUGUCUAUGGUUUUCUUUCCCCUAUCAAAUACUACAGUAUGUCCUGUCUUUGGAAAACUCCCUAUGCUUUAUGAAGCUUGAAGAAAGCAACAAUAAACAUUUCAAUGCCUAAUGUGA